CGCUUAUCCGCAUCCAAUUCUUAAAAUCAAAUCAAAACAGGACAACCAAUGUUCACAAAAGCAACAACAAUGGCCAUCAUUCCUUCCUCGACUCUGCCCUUAUUCCCCAAUACCACCAACACCACCAUUCUCGCUUUCUACCCAAGAACCACACGACGCUUCAAGCCUCUUCUUGCUUCUUCCAACCCGGAAACUGGAUCACCAGCGGAGCAGGAACCAACCGAAGUCCCAGACCCUGUUAAGCUAGCCUUCACCAAGGCUGAAGCCUACAAGAAUUCCAAGCUCCAGAGCUCUAUCCCCAAACCAAAUCCUGCUCCUGAAGCCCCGGAUCCUGUCCAGCUGGCCAUGGAGAAAGCAAAGGAAUACAAGAAGAGCAAAGCUGCUGCUGCUGCUGGCUCGGGUUCUGGUGUGGACGUUCCUGUGGAAAAGCCAAAGAUAGGGGAUAUUGGUAUACAAGAAAUGAAUUCAGAGGAUGCAAGGGAGGAUUUUCUAGAGAGAAAUUCAAGUAAUAAAGAAGAGUUGAAAAUUUCAAGUGUAGACUUUUUGGGACUUGAUUUUUCAGAGAAAAAGAACUAUAAAGGUAGACGGCCUGGGUUAGCUCCAGUAGCUGAACCUCUUUUCAAUGUGGAUUUCCCUGAGGUGGAGAUUAUUGUUGGGGAUGCUAGCAAGGUUCAACGUACAACACCACAAAAGUUGAAUAUAGGAGAAGAAAAAGAAGAUACGAGCAACAUAUACAAGCCCAAAGUUUCCACAUGGGGCGUCUUCCCGAGACCUGGAAACAUUUCCAAGACGUUCGGUGGUGGGAGGGUUAUUCGUCCAGGGGAUCAGCUUGAAACCGCUGAGGACAAAAUAGCCAAAGAAAAACAGACUAAGGAGCUAAUUGCAGCCUACAGAAAGAAGAUGGGUUUCACGAUUGAUGCACAGACAAAACUGGAGUGCGAGAAGGCAUUGAGGGAUGGUGAUAGCUUGAUGGAUAGUGGAAAGCUACAAGAAGCUCUGCCCUAUUAUGAAAAAAUAAUGAAGUCUGUGAUCUUCCAGAGUGAACUGCAUGGGUUGGCUGCUUUACAAUGGUCAAUUUGCCAAGAUUCUCUUAGGAGGCCAAAUGAAGCUAGAUCAAUGUAUGAGAUACUCCAAUCUCAUCCUAAUGUGCAAGUGAGCAAGAAAGCACGGCAAUUUGUGUUCAGUUUUCAGGCUAUGGAAAUGAUGAAGGUUAAGAGCUCCUUUGUUUUACGCAAAACUGGUUAUGAGAAUUACUUCGAUGCAUUUGUAGAAGAUAAAGCUAAAUACAGUGCAACAGAAGAGAAUCAAAAUGAAAUUGCAUUGAUGACAGAGGGACUCCCUUACAUUAUAUUUCUUUUGUCCCCCAUUCUUCUUGUGUUCCUUGUUGCUGUUAGAAAAUCCUUUCAAUUUUAAAACCACAGACUGAAUUUUUGCAUUUAGGAUGCAUCCAGGAAAUAUAUAACAAGUUUUGCUGCUCUUGUUUGUGUGUCAGAGACCUAAUGAAAGAAGUGAGCAGGCAGUGUAGCGAAUAGUUAUUUGUCUAGAUAGAUUCAUUACUUGAUAGUGAUUUGAACCA